GCAGCUUUGAGGACGAUGGACGGAAUCUUUGCCCCGCCCAUGUGUAUCUCAGCUCACAGCUUUGUCCCCGCCCCCAAGAGCCAGAUUCUUUGGGCCUGGAGAUUCAGUUUCCUCCCUGAUCCCUGUGACUCCUUCAUAGCUGUGGGUCAAAGGGUGGCCUGAGCUCUGUGGCCUCCUAGGAUCCAAGACUGGUCCCUGAGGUUGGCAGUGAAGGAAGAAGGAGGCAGCCUCAGGACCAUGACAGAAGCAAACACCUUAAGCCCAGAGACCUCAAUGACCUCAGCUGAACCAGAGGCAGGGGCUGGGGCUGGGACCACGGCCUGGCCUGCUCUGGUUGGUGUGGUUCUCGCGGCCGUGCUUCUCUCUCUCCUCAUUGCAUUGGCUGCCAAAUGCCACGUCUGCCGCCAGCACCGUGUCAGCUAUGGGCACCGUCCACUCUCUGGGUCAGGGAAGAUCGUUCCUUUUGAGCUACCACAUGAAGAUGAUAAGGAUGAUGACGGCUUCAUUGAGGACAACUACAUCCAGCCAGAGGCGGAGGGGCCCAGGCCAGGAGUCAGCGAGGCCCAGUACUCCCUCUGAGCCAAGCCCCUGUCUCACUGCCACUUCCUUUUCCUUUACUGUUCUCAGGAAUGCCCAAUAAACCCAGACCUGAA